AUGCGGAGGCAAAACCUAAUCAUUGACACAUCUAUGAAGCUUUUCCAGGAGUUACCUGUUUUUAUACCCUGGCAGGAGCAGAGCAAGUCAGGUCUAGAUGUGUAUAGUCCAGGUGUAAAAGAUCCAGAUUUUAAAGAGCUUGGAAUUCUAAAGCCUUUACCAGUUUGUGAAUUUGAAAUGGGAGGCCCAGAAGGAAUAAUAGAAUCCAUGCAAAUUGUGAAAGAAGGAAAGGCUUCAGCAAAUGAAGCAGUAGACUGCAAGUGGUAUAUACGUGCUCCACCUCGCUCCAAGAUAUACUUGCGAUUUUUGGAUUACGAGGUGCAGAAUUCAAACGAGUGUAAAAGAAAUUUUGUGGCUGUGUAUGAUGGGAGUAGUUCCGUGGAAGACCUGAAAGCAAAGUUUUGCAGUACUGUUGCCAAUGACGUGAUGCUUUCCACAGGACUUGGAGUCAUCCGAAUGUGGGCAGAUGAAGGCAGCCGAAAUAGUCGCUUUCAGAUGCUCUUCACAUCUUUUCAAGAGCCUCCAUGUGAAGCAAAUUCCUUUUUUUGUCAUAGUAACAUGUGUAUUAAUAAUACGUUGGUCUGCAAUGGAAUUCAGAACUGCGUAUACCCGUGGGAUGAAAAUCACUGCAAAGAAAAAAGAAAAUCAAAUCUCUUGGACCAGCUUACCAAUACAAGUGGAACAGUGAUCGGGGUCUCCUCUUGCAUUGUGAUCAUCCUCAUUAUUAUAUCUGUUAUAGUACAGAUCAAGCAACCUCGUAAAAAAUUUGUCCAAAGGAAAACAGACUUUGACCAAACUGUAUUUCAGGAGGUGUUUGAGCCCCCUCACUAUGAGUUAUGCACUCUUAGAGGCACAGAGCCUACAAUCGACCUUGCAGAUGUCGCAGAUGAUUUUGAAAAUUACCAUCAAUUACGGAGAUCAUCUUCGAAAUGCAUUCAUGACCAUCACUGUGGAUCCCAAAUUUCUAGCAUCAAGGGCAGUCGUAGUAACCUGAGUACAAGAGAUGUAAGCUUAUUUUCAGAAACGCAAAGCCAGCCUGUUAAGCCGUUAAACAGGAGGAACAUCCUCGUUAUGAAGCAUAGCUACUCCCAGGAUGCCGCAGACACAUGUGACAUUGACGAAAUCGAAGAUGUUCCCACUACAAGUCACGGGCUUUCCAGACAUGAAAAAGCUGUCCAGCGGUUCUGCCUCAUUGGGUCUCUAAGCAAACAUGAAACAGAAUACAACACAACUAGGGUAUGAAAAGAAAACUCAAGGAUGAACAUUUCUUAAAUAUUUCUUUUGCUUUCAGAGAAGAUCUCUUUUUACGCAACUCGGAGACAAAUGAAUUUGUUCUUAAUUGUUAUACCCAUCUUUGAAAAAAAAAAAAAAAAAAAAGAGACUCUGUUCUACUGUCAUUCCACUGCCUUGUUACAAAUGUAGGAUAAAAAGACAUUUCUACCCUCAACAUGAUGCUCCUGCUACUCAAUGACAUUUGUUGUAAUUUGGUUGCUGGCCACCAAGUGCUCCUUAGUUUUUAAAUACAUUUUGAAAUUUACUGGAUACUUGAAGAAGAAUCUAGUUAACUGAUUGCAAAUAUCCCAAGCGCUUGCUUUUGAAGACCGAAUUGUGCAUUUUGUUUUAGUUAGUGAACAUGGCAUGGUGGAUGAAGGGAAAUAUCACAGAACAAUUUCUUAUUCUGCAUUUGUACAUGAUUUCGACAUUACUAACUACUUCAAAUUUCCUGGUUUAUACAGUCGGUUGAAGAUCAAUUUCAAAUAGUGGACAAUGAUGUUAUGGAGAUGCUUUACUAUUUGUUGAACAAUGCAGAAAAUAACAUGAUUGGAAAAACUAAAUGGCAAUAAGAAAUGUGUAUUUUUAUUGUAAUGCCACAAAAACUUUACAGUCUUUCAUUAGAAUGUUGCCUUUUUUUUUUAAUUCUCCAUUCCAUCAGCAGGUGCCAUUAUGUCAACAUGAGUGGGAUGGAUAUUAUGUAAGGGAAAUGAUUACCAAUCUUGUAACUUAAAAGGGAGGUAGAAAGUAUUUGACUAUUAAGAUGUACAAAGCAUG